UCGGUGACCGCGUCCUGCCUGAACUUCAUCAUCAUUAUGAUCCUCAACUUCCUAUACGAGCGGGUGGCCAUAUGGAUCACUGACAUGGAAAUCCCCAGGACACAUCUGGAGUAUGAGAACAGACUCACCAUGAAAAUGUUCCUCUUCCAGUUUGUCAAUUACUAUUCAUCUUGUUUCUAUGUGGCGUUCUUCAAGGGCAAGUUUGUGGGUUUCCCGGGAGGGUACACCUACAUGUUCAACCAGUGGAGGAAUGAGGAGUGUGACCCGGCCGGUUGUCUCAUAGAGCUCACGACACAACUCACCAUCGUGAUGGCGGAAAGCAGAUCUGGGGGAACAUCCAAGAAGCUUUUGUUCCGUGGAUCUGGAACUGGUGGGGGCGCCGGAGAGCCAGGAACAGCCCAGAGAACCUGUACAGCCGCUGGGAGCAGGACUACGACCUGCAGAUCUUCGGACAGUUGGGACUUUUCUAUGAGUACCUGGAAAUGGUAAUCCAGUUUGGCUUCAUCACCCUCUUCGUGGCGUCUUUCCCGCUGGCCCCUGUUCUCGCCCUUCUGAACAACAUCCUGGAGAUCCGCGUGGACGCCUGGAAGCUCACCACGCAGUUCAGACGACCAUUUGCGGCGAAGGCGCACAGCAUCGGAGUGUGGCAGGAAAUCCUCAACUCAAUGGCCAUUCUGUCUGUGGUGACCAAUGCUUUUAUCGUGGCCGCCCACCUCCGACAUGAUCCACCACGCAUCCUGGUCUACUACUACGCCUAUUCCGAGAAUGAGGGGGUCUCCAUGUCCGGCUACAUCAGCAGUAGCCUGUCUGUGUUCAAUGUCUCUGACUUUAUGGAGAAAAGCAUGCCGCUGGAAAACCUGAUGAAUGUCACCCAAUGCAGGUACCGAGAUUAUCGCUAUCCUCCGGAACACGAGAAGAGAUAUCUGCACACCAUGCAGUUCUGGCACAUCCUGGCUGCCAAAAUGGCCUUCAUCAUCAUUAUGGAGCACGUGGUGUUCGUGGUCAAGUUCUUCGUGGCUUGGCUGAUUCCCGACGUCCCGUCCGACGUGAAGGCCAGAGUCAAGCGUGAGAAGUACCUGACGCAGAGGAUCCUCCACGAAUACGAGCUGAGCAGGCUGCAGGAGAAGUUCCGCGAGAAGAACAACUGUGCCGAGGUGGACAAGGAGGUCAUCGCCACCAAGGGGAAAGUCCAGCUCUCGGAGGCCAUGUAG